GUCGCCGCAACAGUGACGAGCAGCGAGCAGCCAGCAGCUCCAGAAGACGCCCGCCUUGGCGGCCCAUUCCCAUUCCCGACGCCGACGCUGAGAGGGUUCGAAAAUUAAUAUCUCCAUAAGGUCAAUAGAAACCAACUCCCGUUUCCCGCUGCUUGUCUAUUCUUCAAGCCAUCUCUUGCUCGUCGCAUAUUCAAAUACCACGCAGCAGAGAUCAUGUCCUCCCAAGCCCCGGCCUUCAACGCCGGCAACGCCGCCUUCAAGGACAAGGAGAAGCCCCAGGCUGUGCGCACUGCGAACAUCACUGCCGCAAGAGCUGUUUCCGAUGCCAUUCGUACCUCGCUUGGUCCCAGAGGAAUGGACAAGAUGAUCCAAACCGGCAAGGGCGAAACAAUCAUUACCAACGAUGGAAACACCAUGUUGCGCGACAUGUCCGUCAUGCACCCCGCCGCAAAGAUGCUCGUCGACCUUGCAAACGCUCAGGAUAUCGAGGCUGGUGAUGGCACUACUUCAGUUGUUGUUAUUGCUGGAUCUCUCCUCGGUGCUUCCGAGCGCCUGCUGAAGAAGGGUCUCCACCCUACCGUCAUCUCAGACUCGUUCCAACGCGCCGCGAAGCACGCCGUCGAGGUCCUCACCUCAAUCUCCAUCCCCAUCAACCUCUCCGACAGACAGACUCUCCUCAAGGCCGCUUCCACCUCGCUCUCCUCAAAGAUUGUCGCACAAGAACCCAAACUCGCACCCAUGGCCGUCGACUCCGUCCUCAAGAUCAUCGACCCCAAGACUGCCGACAACGUCGACUUGAAGAACAUUCGCAUCCUCAAGAAGCCCGGUGGUGUCAUUGACGACAGUGAGAUGAUUGACGGUCUGGUCCUCAACCAGCAGGUCGUGAAGAGCGGUGGUGGUCCUACAAGAAUCGAGAAGGCCAGAAUCGCCCUCAUUCAGUUCCAGCUCAGCCCGCCGAAGCCCGACAUGGAGAACCAGAUUGUUGUCAACGACUACAGACAGAUGGACAAGAUUUUGAAAGAGGAGAGAACAUACCUGCUCAACAUGGUCAAGAAGAUCAAGAAGGCAAAGUGCAACGUGCUCUUCAUCCAAAAAUCUAUUCUCAGAGACGCCGUCAACGACCUAUCUCUGCAUUUCUUGGCCAAGCUCGGCAUCAUGUGUGUCAAGGAUAUUGAGAGAGACGAAGUUGAAUUCAUCUGCAAGAGCACUGGUUGCAAGCCCAUCGCAGACAUCGACUCAUUCACAGAGGACAAGCUCGCCAGCGCAGACCUCAUCGAGGAGGUCUCAUCGCUCGGCUCGCGCAUCACCAGAGUCACCGGCAUCAAGACAACAGGUCCCACCGCCCCCAAGACUGUCAGCAUCAUUUGCAGAGGUGCCAACCCCCUCAUUCUCGAUGAGGCUGAGAGAAGUUUGCACGACGCACAGUGUGUGUUGCGCUGUCUGGUAAAGAAGAAGGCUCUCCUCCCUGGUGGUGGUUCGCCGGAAAUGGCCGUUGCGCAUUCGCUCUCCAGACUCGCACUUACCUCGUCCUAUCCCGACAACAUUUGCUUCAAGGCAUUCGCCGAAGCUCUCGAAGUCAUUCCCAUCACCCUGGCCGAGAACGCCGGUCUCAAUUCCAUCAAGGUCGUCACAGAACUCCGAUCACGACACGCCAACGGCGAGACAAAUGUCGGUGUUAGUAUCAAGCGUGGAGGCGUUGGUGUCAUGGGUGGUGAAGUUGGCGGCAACGCUGGAGAAGGUGGUGAGGGUGUCAUGCAGCCCCUUCUCGUCAGCACCAGCGCCAUUGAGUUGGCCGCCGAGACUGUCAAGAUGAUUCUCAGAAUCGACGACAUUGCCCUGAGCAGGUAAACAAAAAUGGUGUUUUUGUUGUUUAGCA